AUGGUGUGUAUGGAGUUGCUGGGAGGUCCCUCUAUGACAGUCCUGUUGAUGAUGCUGAAUACACUCACAGCCUGGGGCAGGGACAUUCCAGAGAAUUACCUACAUCAAGUGAGGUCCGAGUGUCAUAUGACCAAUGGAACCCAGCGGGUACACUUCGUGGGAAGACUCAUCUACGACCGGGAGGAGUUUGUGCGCUUUGACAGUGAUGUGGGUCUAUUUGAGGCAAGAAUGGAACUGUGGAAAUCCCAGGUCCAGAAAUGGAACAGUCAAAAGGAAAUAGUUGAACGAGCACAGUCCAUAGUGAAUGUGUGCAGACACAACUACAAAUUAUAUAAUAAAACUAUAGUGCACAGAAAAGUCCAGCCCCGAGUGAAAGUUUUCCCAGUAAAAACACAACCACUCGGGCACCACAACCUGCUCCUCUGUUCUGUGACCAGUUUUUAUCCUGGUGAGAUAAAGGUCAGCUGGUUCAAAAAUGCAAAAGAAGAGAAAUCUGGAGUCCUGUCUACGGGCCUAAUCCGGAAUGGCGACUGGACCUUCCAGACCCUUGUCAUGCUGGAAAUGACCCCCCAAAGGGGAGACGUCUUUACUUGCUGUGUGGACCACGUCAGCUUGCAGAGCCCUGUCUUCGUGGAUUGGAGAGCACAGUCAGAAUCUGCCCAGACUAAGAUGCUGACUGGAGUUGGGGGCCUGGUGUUUGGACUGAUCUUACUUGGAGCAGGACUUGUCAUCCGACACAGAAGCUCAAAAGAUUCCUAUUCUGGAACCAAAGAAGACUCAUGUUUAAAAGGAGUUAUAAACACUGAUCCACAGCAACAAGAUUUUCCUAGAGCUGUUUCCCAAUCCUAA